AUGGCGCAAUCGGCGGAGCGUAUGCUCAUGAACGAGUUCAAGGCGCUGAGCAAGGAAACGUGGACUAACAUCGAGUUGAUCAACGACAAUGUAUUCGAGUGGAGCGUUGCCCUCAUAGUGCUGAAUCCCGAUUCCCUCUACUAUGGCGGCUACUUCAAAGCGAAGCUUACCUUUCCCAAGAACUACCCUUUCUUGCCGCCAGAUUUCCAGUUUAUCCGACCACUCUACCACCCCAAUAUCUACCCUAACGGCAAGCUCUGCAUCUCCAUCCUGCACCCACCCGGCGACGAUGAGACGUCCGGCGAGACGGCCGCCGAGCGCUGGAGCCCCGUCCAACGCGUAGAAUCCGUCCUUAUAUCUGUUCUUUCCCUCCUCGACGACCCCGAGGUCUCCUCACCCGCCAACGUCGAUGCAGGUGUCAUGCUACGGAACAAGCCUGACGAGUACAAGCGGCUGGUGAAGAAGGAUCUAGAUAUCAGUAAGGGCGAUAUACCGAAGGGCUUCGUGAUGCCCACGCAUGAUACGGCUUUCAAGAAGAAGGACGACGAGCAUGACUUUGACAUGAGCUGGGAAGACAGCGACGUAGAGUCUUUCGGCGGCAGCGAGUCGGACAUCGACGAAGAGAUGGACUCGGAUUUUGAGGGCGAGGCAGAUGACGAUGAGGAUGAAGAUGAGAAGUAG